AUGUGGAACACUGAUGGCGGCCCUCGAGACCCAGUAAAGCUUUUCAAGUUAUUGCUCUCCAAACGCCCUCAGCCGAUGCGAAACCAAGGCCCUCUGUAUCUGACAAUAAUCCAACGUCCAAAAAAUGACGAUGUUUGGUAUACCAAUGUUCGAACGGGCCAGAACACAAUUGGCAAAAUAAUGCCAAGAAUAACUUCGUUGCUCGAGAGCUCAACAGCGAAAAAGUUGACAAAUCACAGCACGAGAAAAAUAGUCGUACAAAAGCUGAAAUCUGCUGGACAACCACGCUAUAAGAUCAAGGAAAUUACCGGUCAUGCAUCUGGGGCAUCUCUAAAUGAUUACGACGUAAUCAGGGAGGAAGAACGCAGAGAACUGUCUCAUAUCAUCAGUGGCUACAGUGCGUCAGCUUCGCGAACAACAACCUCAGUUCCCUCGAUCGUAUUGUCUUCCACAGCUCCUAGACCAACCGAACACGAUACAUCAAUUGUCCCCGCUCAAGUCAGACAACAAAUUGCAUCUGCAUCCAACGCUAUCCUUCGCCAAGAAGGUUAUUUGAGUAUUCCCCCCAGUGUUGACCCACUUGUGUCUGCCAAAAAUCCAGUUUCCUCAUCGCUACCUCCGGUUAAUAUUGCCUACAACAACUGUGGUUUUAAUAUUGGAAACCAGACGGUGAACACGGAUAAUUCAGCUGCGAGAAAAAGACGUUGA